CAUCAAAUUCAGACUACCGUAUGGUAGCUCACGUUCGUCUUCGAAUAUAAAUAGCCCGUCUGUGUUUUGAUAAGCGUCAGUUCAUCAACUUCAAUUCAAUUAUCAUGAAGGUAAGUACCAAGUGUAUCGUAAUAUUUUCCUUCCACCGCUAACUUGCAAACGUAAGAAACUGAUGCUAGAUCGACGAUCAACUAGAAGUAAUUCCGAAAACAUGUGGAAAAAUAUCGAUGUAGGUACUAGAGACCGUUAAAAGGGCGUAAUUUGUAAUUGCAGACUGCGGUUGCUCUUACUCUUUUGGUGGUGUCGAUGACAUCUGCACAACCUACCCGAGGUAGGCCUUUCGCACGACAACAGGCGGCACCCGAAGCUCCACCACAAAACGCACCCUACCAGCCGAGUGGAUGGAGACCACAAGGAGCACCAUUCAACCUACCGAAAUCGCAACCAAAGCAAUCGUACGGUCCACCUUCACCAUCUUACGGACCACCAGCGGCAGCGGAACCGACGACGGUGGAUUACGAAAUUGUCACCUCCACAGAUCCUCCAGCGCCCGCUAAAGUAGCCACGAGCGCAGUCAAUCAACAGAAAUCUGCUCCGGUUCUCAAGCAGGAGGGCGUCUAUUUCGUCGUGCUACCCCAAAGCGCGCCCGUUGCGCCACUACAGCAGACCCAAAAUUUAGUGUACGCAUAUCCAGAAGUGCCAAAGACUGCCUUAGUUGCCGUCCCUCAAGCUCCGGUCCGGGCGGCCCAGUUACAGAGUGCCCCACUAACGACGUACAAGGUGGUGUAUUCUCCGAUAACAGCCCCGUACGUUGAAGUUAAUUGGUAAAGAUAUUAACAAUUUGUUAAAUCGAAGUUUUUUUAUAUUGUGUGCCCUAAU